AUUUUUUAUGUUCUUAUGUUCUUGUGUUCUCUCUUUCUCUCUCUCAUUGACCCAAGCUCUACCUCUUUCUCUUCUCCAGGCCUUAGAGUGGGCAAGGCGGCAGCAGCACCACAGCCACCACAGCCGCCAUUACCACAGGAACAACACACGGACAGCCACGCCACUGACGACUACUGGGUGAACACGGACGAAGUCAAAAUCACGUCCCUGUUCGUGCCGCAGUACGUGAAGAAGGGCGAGGAGGCAGAGUUGGAGUGCGAGUGGUCGCCCAACAAGAACAUCUACUCCCUCAAGUGGUAUUUUAACGAUAUCGAGUUCUUUUCUUACAAGCCAGGUGAUCCUACCGUGGUGACGCUCCCGGCCGACGGCUUCAAGCUUAACGUCAGCACGAUCAACAGCACGGGAGAGAAGAUCACGUUGUCCGAUGUGGGGAUGGCGGCUUCAGGGAGCUAUAAGUGUGAGGUCACCAUGGAGAGCCCUGGGUUUCUCACCGCGGAUAAGAGCGGCAAGAUGACUGUUGUGGACAUUCCGGAGGAGAAGCCGAGGAUAACCGGAAUCGCGCACCAGUACCGGAUUGGUGACGUAGCGAACCUCACCUGCAGCUCGGCCCCGUUCAUUCUUAAAGCACACCUCACCUGGUACAUCAAUAAUGAACGGGCCCCUGCAGAGUACCUCACGCCCAUGCCCAGCACUACACACCCGGGAGGGCUUCAGGUAGCUCACAAGAAGCUGCGUUUCAUCGUGUCUCCGAAGCACUUCAGGGGCGGCAAGAUGACCCUUCGCUGCACCGCCUCCAUCCUGCGGCUGUACACCAAGACCCAGCAGCACAGCGCGGAGGGCCUGCUCACCUACCACAUUCCCAUGUUGCCUUCACUCGAGAAGUCAGCAGUGCCCGGCCGAGCAGGAGACGGGGGAGGGGGACGCGUGGUGGGAGUGGCAGUAGUGAUGGGGGCACUGGUGUUGGUAGAAGUGGUGGGAGCAGCUCUCCUCUCCACCCCUGCCACUCUCACCCCUCUCACGUCCACACGGUGACUCCCACGCCCGCCACCACCAUCUCUGCCACGCAGGAGCAGCACCAGCAUCACCACCACCACCAACAACACCAACAACUGCUACAGCAACAACUGGAAGAAUGGACAAAUGUGUAACAGCAGUGACAAUGAAAGCAACACGUGUCACGGUUUGCUCUUCCGCUGUAAGAAUAUAAACAGGUGUAGAAUAGAAAGUAGUGAGAAUACUAACGACUGCAAGACUAACUACAGGAAAGAUGCUUGUGAAAAUUAUAAAAAAAACAACUAUGAAAGAAAAAACAUUAGAAAUUAUAUUGACAGAAAAAACAACAACGACAACAACAGGAGCACCGACAACAACGGCAGCACCAACAACGGCAACAGGAGCAGCAGCAGCAACACCACCACCCAUAACAACAUCAAUAACAAAAAGAACAACAACAAUAACAACAUUAACACUAACCAUAAAAAUAGUGAUAGAAAAGUGAAAGGAAAGGGAAAUGACAGAGAAAGCAAUGAGGAAAGAAAGAUCAGAGAAGAAAUCAUCAUUAUUGACAACAACAACAACAAUAACAACAACAACAACAACAACAACAACAACAUCAAUAACAAUAAGAUU